AUGGCGGCCCGUGCGUUAGCUGCUGCUGUCGCACGCCGAAGCUUUCGCGAAAGCGAGCGACCGCUGCGACGAUUAUCGGGUUUCGUAGCUCCGUCCGUUGUAGCCUCAACUGCUCAAGACACUACUGGAACCGGACAGAUGAGAAGCUUCGUGCUAGGAUUCGCGGGUUCGCCACAUCAGCGACAGGAGCCCAGUCUGUCGUCAGCCUCCACGUCAGCCUCCACGUCAGCCGCCACGUCAUCAUCAUCAGCAGCAGCAGCGGUGGCGGUAUCUCACGAGUUUCCAGGCGCGCGCAUGGCGUUUACUCCUGACCUUCAUUUCGUGCCAGAGCAGCCGGAGUCGCCUGUGCCGUGCUUCCGUGUGCUGGACCACGAGGGGGGGGUCGUGGAAGGCGCAGAGGAGCCCGAGCUCUCCCAAUCCGAAGCGGAGCGCAUGUAUCACGCAAUGGUGGAGCUUCAGGCAAUGGAUUCUGUCUUUUAUGAGGCGCAGAGGCAGGGGCGCUUCUCGUUCUACAUGACAACUGCGGGGGAGGAGGCCGUUAACAUCGCCUCCGCUGCUGCCAUCCACCCCCACGACCACGUCUUUGCCCAGUACCGAGAGCCAGGGGUGCUGCUAUGGCGGGGAUUUACCCUCUCUGACUUCGCCAACCAGUGCAUGGGCAACCGGCUGGAUGCAGGCAAGGGGCGGCAGAUGCCUGUGCACUAUGGGUCCGCAGAGCUGCGAUUCCACACCAUCUCCUCGCCGCUAGCCACGCAGAUCCCCCAUGCAGUGGGGGCGGCCUAUGGGCUCAAGAUGGCGGGCGAGGGGUGCUGCUCCGUGGCUUACUUUGGAGAGGGCGCUGCUAGUGAGGGUGACUUUCACGCAGCUCUCAACUUUGCAGCGGUCUUGGAGGCGCCUGUACUCUUUAUAUGCCGCAACAACGGCUGGGCUAUAAGCACUCCUGCUAAGGAACAGUACCGAGGUGACGGCAUAGCAGGGAGAGGGGCGGCAUACGGCGUCUCUAGUGUACGGGUGGACGGCAACGAUGUGCUUGCAGUGCUGAGGGUGGUGAAGGAGGCUAGGGAGCGAGUGAUGCAGACAGGGAAGCCCAUCCUCGUAGAGGCCAUGACAUACCGCACGGGCCAUCACAGCACAUCAGACGAUUCCUCUCGCUACAGGGGGGCAGGGGAGAUGGCGCACUGGCGCACCCAGAGGGACCCGGUAGCGCGGUUCAGGAGGUGGCUGGAGAGGAAAGGGUGGUGGGAUGAGGAACGGGAGAAGCAGGCGAGGGACACUGCCAGGGACGAGGUGAUUACCGCACUGGAAGCUGCUGAGAAGCUUCCGAAACCGCCUCUUUCGGAUCUAGUGAGUGACGUGUACGACAGCAUUCCGGUUCAUCUGCAGGAGCAGGAGAUGGAGGUGCGUGCAGCUGUUAUGAGGAAUCCCCAGGCGUAUCCCAGUGACGUGCCACUGUAA